AUGUAUAUCUGCUUUGACAAAAUUCGUGUGGCAUGGAAGGAGUAUUGCAGGCCGGUUAUUGGAUUAGAUGGGACAUUCCUCAAGCACAGCUCUCUGCAAGGGCUGAUUCUUACUGCGAUAGGAAGGGAUCCAAAUAACCAGAUAUACCCAAUAGCAUGGGCUGUGGUCGACUCUGAGAGCAAUGAUAAUUGGCAAUGGUUUAUUCACAGGUUGAAGAUUGAUUUGGGUUUAGGCGUGGGUGAUCUUGUGACAAUCAUAUCAGAUCAGCAUAAGGGAUUGAUUCAUGGAGUUGCUGUUGAGUUGCCAAGAGCUGAACAUAGAGCUUGUGCUAGGCACAUCUACUCUAAUCUGAAGAAGAAUCACAAGUCUGAUACACUGAAGCCUCUCUUCUGGCGCAUUGCAAGUAGCUACAACGAGGGUGACUAUGAGAGGAGUUUGGACGUUUUCAAAAAGUUUGAUCCGUUAGCAGCUGAAGACCUUAUGAAGAAGGAUCGUUCUACUUGGUGCAGGGCAUUUUUCCGGAUAGGUUCGUGUUGUUCUGAUACACACAACAACUUCACAGAGUCCUUCAAUAGGACCUUGAAGAUAGCAAGAAAGAAGCCCUUUAUUCAGAUGCUUGAGUUGAUUAGAAGAGAUGCAAUGCAGAGGAUAGCUACUAGAUAUAAGACAGCAAAAAAUGAGACGGGUCUCGUUACAAAGAAGGCGAGAAAGGAGGUUGAAAAGUCUUGUGAUGAAGCUAAGCAUUGCUAUUCUUAUUCAAGCACAGGUGGUGCUUAUGAGUGCGUUGAAUUUUCAAAUGGUUACACGGUGAAUUUGCUUUCUCGUAGCUGCGCUUGUAGGAAAUGGGACUUGUCUGGAAUCCCAUGUCGCCAUGCUGUAUCUGUUAUCCGUGAGAAUGGUUUCGAGGUUGAAGAUUAUAUUUCAGAUUAUUAUCUGACAUCGAAGUGGCGAGGUUUGUACAUGGAUGGGUUGGGGCCUGUAAAUGGUCCAAGGUUUUGGAAGCUAUCUGGUGAAGACCGUAUUGAAGCACCACCAUACAAGAGACCGCCUGGAAGACCAAAGGGGAAGGCAAGGAUUAAAGGAGUGCGUGAAUCCCCGAAGAAAAAUCAGACCAAAGUUGAUAGAAAAGGAAGAAUAGGUCAUUGUGGUCUUUGUGGUGGUGAAGGCCACAACUCAAGGAAGUGUCCUCAUGAGUCUGAUGAAAGCAGAAAGCGUAGGCGUCUCAACAUGGAACAACAAUCACAUGAGCAAGCAAUCGAGGACAUUUCCUCAACUGCACCACCUGCUACACAACCUUGA